GGGCCAGAGGAUUCUCCAUCUACACUGGAAAGGACAGAGCACCUUGAGAGAAACACAACCGGUCUAACAAAGGACACUGCAUCACAGGUCGCAUAUUUGUGGAAACAACAGGAAACGGAAGUUGUUGUUUCUGUGGUCCCAUCUCAGAUUAGAGGUAACAACUUUGUCAUACGUCACAGUGAGUUCCUGACCCUUAGACCACACAGCUGGCUUGUUGGAGAGGUAUGUAAUCCAGGUAUUAACCCCCCCCCCCGCCCAAAAAAGUGCUGGAUAAGGUUAACAUUAAAGCUGGGGCAGAACAUUAGUUGUUCCCUACACAUUCAGUAAGUACUGCUUUAGAUCUACAUUCCAGGCAUAUCCUCAUGACUGAAUACUGAGUAUACGUAAGUAAAAAACUCUUUAUUAACCUUUGUAUUCCAAAAAUUUAUCAUGUUUACAAAGUAAUAAAAGGUUAUUUAUUAUACUCCUCAGUUCACUGAAAGUCUCCUGCACCACUGGGCCAUUCGGCUGAAUCUGGGGAAUAAUAUCUACAUUAUGAACCACUACACGAGCGGUGUGAUCCUCUAUGGAGAGAGAGAACUAAUCAGGAGACAAAGCUUGUCCAAGGUGAACUUUGACAACUACAGAGCCAUUUUAUCCUUUGUGAACACUGGAAAUGUACACUGGAAGUUUCUGUACAUAAAUGCAGAUGACAGCUGUCUGUAUUUGGUCGAUCCUUCAAGAAACUCUUUGGAGCAGGAAGAGUCUGACCGUGCAGCCAAAAGAUUCCGUGAAUACUUCAAAAUGAGAAAGACAUAUUGCAACAAAACAGACUGGGUGAAUGUGAGACUUCGAGGAGGAGUACUGACACAUCCAUUUCAACAGGAUGGUUCUAGCUGUGGAGUAAUGGUCAUCAUGAUGACCAAAGCAGUAAUGGAAGCAUUCCCAAAUAAACCAGAAAUGACAUUUUUGAUGACAAAAAAAGAGAUGGCCCAGGCACGAAGGACAUUUGCACAGACAAUACUUGAGGCCUCAGUAUUUGACAGUGACACCAACUGUGCCAUGUGUGCAGCGGAGAAACCACCCAAUCCAGGACCCUCCAUCACUGACUGGAUUCAGUGUGAUAACUGCAACUGCUGGUUCCAUUCUGAAUGCCUGGACAUGACAAAUGAACAGCUCAGCAGUGCUCAGAAGACAGAGUGGAAGUGUGUUCUUUGUGUAACCUAAUUCCACAUGCAGUGAAAGCUACUAGAAUAAUCUGCUUAUAGUUAUUAUUGGUGUUUUGAGGAACACACGUGUAAAACACAAUAUGUAUAACAUUCUUGCUUUGAGCACGUAUUUUAAGUAUUUCCUUUUUGAUUUUUUGGGUUGAUUUGUGUGAUGACAGAUAAUGAAUAAUAAUAUAUCAAAACUGUAUAACAGUAAUCUGAGAAAUCAGUAAUAUGAGAAAUGUAAUUUCUCACCCCAACCGGUCACAGCAGAUGGCCCCGCCC